AUGGAAGGAGACUUUCGGCGUCACUACGUCCGUCUUCUCAAGUCAUGCAGCAACAGUAACAAAGAAACUCUAGGGCUCCAAACCUAUGGACUGUUCCUCAAGAAGGGCUUCAUCAGCUCACUUGUAUUCGUCGCUAACCAUCUCCUCCAGAUAUACACCCGUUGCGGCAAAACAAAAACCGCACGCAACCUGUUCGACAAAAUGCCUGAGAGAAACUGUUUCUCAUAUAACACAAUGCUCGAAGGCUACAUGAACUCAGGGGAUAAAGGGUCUUCUCUAAACCUCUUCGACACGAUGCCAGAGAGAGAUAUGUACUCUUGGAACGUUGUUGUCUCCGGGUUCGCUAAGGCUGGUGAGUUAGGUCUUGCUAGGAGGUUGUUCGACGCUAUGCCUGAGAAAGAUGUUGUGACGUUGAACACUCUGCUUCAUGGGUAUAUUCAGAACGGGUACGCUGAGGAAAGUCUGAGGCUUUUUAAAGAAGUGAGGUUGGGUGCUGAUGUGAUCACGUUGACUACUGUUUUAAAGGCUUGUGCAAAGUUGGAAGCUUUGAAAUGUGGGAAGGAGAUACAUGCGAGGGUUUUGAUGAGUGGUGUUGAGUAUGACUCGAAACUGAAUAGUGCUUUGGUUAAUUUGUAUGCAAAGUGUGGUGAUUUGAGAAUGGCUAGUGGUAUGGUGGAUGAGCCUGAUGACCAUUCUUUAUCUGCUUUAAUCUCAGGUUAUGCGAGUUGUGGGAGAGUGAAUGAAGCUAGAAUUUUAUUCGAUAGGAGAAAGAACAGAUGUGAGUUUCUGUGGAACUCUAUGAUCUCGGGUUAUGUUGCUAACAAUAUGGAAAUGCAGGCUUUGGUUCUUUUCAACGAGAUGAGGUAUGAAACUCAGGAAGAUUCACGUACUCUGGCAGCUGUUGUAAAUGCUUGCAGCGGUUUGGGUAUCAUAGUGACUGGUAAACAGUUACACUGCCAUGCUUGUAAAUUUGGGUUAGGUGAUGACAUUGUUGUAGCUAGCACAUUGCUUGACAUGUAUUCCACGUGUGGGAGCCCGGAGGAAGCUUGCAAACUUUUCAGUGAGGUCAAAAGCUAUGACACUAUAUUAUUGAACUCUAUGAUCAAAGUAUAUUUCAGCUGUGGAAGAGUUGAAGAUGCAAAAAGGGUAUUUGAGAAGAUUGAGAGAAAGAGUUUGAUUUCUUGGAACUCAAUGACUGUAGGAUUCAGUCAAAAUGGUUGUCCAGGUGAUACGUUGGAGUAUUUCCGCCAAAUGCACAAGCUGGAUUUGCCUACAGAUAAGUUUAGCCUCUCCAGUGUCAUCAGUGCGUGUGCAAGCAUUACCUCCCUCGAACUCGGUGAGCAGGUUUUCGCGAGGGCGACAAUUGUUGGUCUUGACUCUGAUCAAAUAGUAUCAUCCUCUCUCAUCGACCUCUACUGCAAGUGCGGAUCAGUGGAGCAUGGGAGGAGAGUGUUUGACACAACGGUGAAAUCAGAUGAAGUACCGUGGAACUCAAUGAUAUCAGGUUAUGCUACGAAUGGUUAUGGAUCUGAAGCGAUUGAGUUGUUCAAGAAAAUGAGUGUUGCUGGUGUAAGACCCACUCGGAUCACCUUUAUGGGUGUUCUAACAGCUUGUAACUACUGUGGUUUAGUGGAAGAGGGAAGGAAACUGUUUGAGGCAAUGAAGUUGGAUAGUGGUUUUGUUCCAGACAGAGAGCACUUUUCAUGUAUGGUCGACCUUUUGUCUCGUGCUGGUUAUUUGGAAGACGCUAUGGAUCUUGUGGAAGAGAUGCCUAUGGAGGCGGAUGCAAGCAUGUGGUCUUCUGUUCUAAGGGGAUGUGUAGCAAAUGGAAAUAAAGCCAUGGGGAAGAAAGUUGCUGAGAAGAUUUUAGAGCUGGAACCAGAGAACUCAGUCGCUUAUGUGCAGUUGUCUGCCAUAUUUGCAACCUCUGGAGAUUGGGAAAGCUCGGCGCUUGUAAGAAAAAUGAUGAGAGAGAAGCAUGUAAAUAAGAGUCCAGGUUCCAGUUGGGCUGAUUGUUGAGUACUCAAAUUUGAGUGUGAAUAAAUACCAUUUAGAAGCAGAACAACAAGCCAAGUUCCAGUCAGAGGAAAUGCUGCAGUAUGAGAAUUGCAAUAAAACAAAAACUGCCUAUUGAAGUUUGAGCAUAGGCAACCACUAGAGACGUCAAGAACAUUUCCAACUAUUUAUAUGAUAUUCUGCCUGAGGAAGCUCCAGGAGUGAGAACUUAGUUUAAAGGGAAUUUAGUCAGAGACACAAACCUCAAGUUCAGUAUCCUCUUUCUGUUUUCAUGUCCAAGUAAAAAUAGUAGCUGUUGACUUUAAAGUCUCAGUGCAUCAUGUGACAAUAGGCGCUCAACAGAAACCACACAAAUCUUUUUGAGUGGAUCAAAGUGGUAAGCAUUAAGAAGAAACAAUUUCUCUAUGUUUUGUUUUGGUCUUC